CAGUGUAAACAUCUCGAAACUUGCAAGUAACUGCUUUAUAAAAUAAACACAUUUGCCUCUCCCAGUAUGGCGGCAGGGGGCGAAGUGUUUAGCCCUUGUAAAUGAUUUAUACCGGCUAACCCAAUCACCGCUCAGGAGGCGGGCUGUGGUGACAAUCAUAGGUUUCGCGCACAAGGGUCGAAGGCGUCAUCCUCAGGACAGCAAAUCACAUCGCAGGAAAACAGGACAAAAAUAAGGAGAAUGAACCAUAAAAAUAAGAAGCGGAUUAAAGAGGCUAAACGAAGCGCGAGACCAGAAUUGAAGGACUCCUCAGACUGGAUUAAACAUAACUACCACGAGACUUUCGAUUUAUCGCAUCGGACAGUCAAGGACAGUGUGGAGCGUGUAGACAGCCUGCAGCUGAGCCCGGAGGAGUUCAUCGAGCGCUUUGAGAAGCCCUACAAGCCUGUUGUGCUGCUCAACGCCCAGAGCAGCUGGCCAGCCCAGGAGAAGUGGACGCUAGAGCGGCUCAAGCGCAAGUAUCGUAACCAGAAGUUCAAGUGCGGGGAGGACAAUGAUGGCUACUCGGUGAAGAUGAAGAUGAAGUACUACGUGGAGUACAUGGAGACCACGCGUGAUGACAGCCCACUCUACAUCUUCGACAGCAGCUACGGGGAGCACACCAAGCGCAAGAAGCUGCUGGAGGAUUAUCAGGUGCCCAUCUUCUUCAGGGACGACCUCUUCCAGUUCGCCGGAGAGAAGCGCCGGCCGCCCUACAGGUGGUUUGUGAUGGGCCCCUCUCGCUCUGGGACAGGGAUUCACAUCGAUCCACUAGGCACCAGUGCCUGGAACGCGCUGGUCCAGGGAUACAAGCGCUGGUGCCUGUUCCCCACCAACACGCCUCGUGAGCUCAUCAAGGUGACCCGCGACGACGGCGGCAACCAGCAGGACGAGGCCAUCACCUGGUUCAGCGUCAUCUACCCACGCACACAGCUCCCAGACUGGCCCCCGGAGUUCACACCCCUGGAGAUCCUGCAGGGACCCGGGGAGACCGUCUUCGUGCCAGGUGGCUGGUGGCAUGUCGUCCUCAAUCUUGACACCACCAUUGCUGUCACACAGAACUUCGCCAGCACCACCAACUUCCCCAUCGUGUGGCACAAGACCGUGAGAGGCCGGCCCAAACUCUCCAGGAAGUGGUACAGGGUCCUGAAGCAGGAGCGACCUGAGCUGGCUGCACUGGCCGACGCGGUGGACCUGCAGGAAUCGACGGGGAUCGCCUCUGACAGCUCUAGCGACUCCUCCAGCUCCUCCAGCUCCAGCUCCUCAGACUCUGGCUCCGAGGACGAGUCAGGAUCAGAGGGAGAUGCGAUGGCACACCGCAGGAAGAAGAGGCGGACCUGCGGCAUGAUGGGAAACGGAGACUCCACCACGCAAGAUGACUGCGUGAGCAAAGAACGCAGCUCCUCCCGGUGACCCCUCGAGGGGUUAAUCAUGAGGUGCUCCGCUCAUCCACUUCCCAAGGGAGCUCCUCCUGGUGACCCCGCUCCCUCGAGGGGUUAAUGGCGAGGUGCUCCGCUCAUCCACUUCCCCAGGGAGCUCCUCCUGGUGACCCCGCUCCCUUGAGGGGUUAGUCAUGAGGUGCUCCGCUCAUCCACUUCCCCAGGGAGCUCCUCCUGGUGACCCCCCUUCCUCGAGGGGUUAAUGGCGAGGUGCUCCGCUCAUCCACUUCCCCAGGGAGCUCCUCCUGGUGACCCCCCUCCCUCGAGGGGUUAAUCAUGAGGUGCUCCGCUCAUCCACUUCCCCAGGGAGCUCCUCCUGGUGACCCCCCUUCCUCGAGGGGUUAAUGGCGAGGUGCUCUGCUCAUCCACUUCCCCAGGGAGCUCCUCCUGGUGACCCCCCUCCCUCGAGGGGUUAAUCAUGAGGUGCUCUGCUCAUCCACUUCCCCAGGGAGCUCCUCCUGGUGACCCCCCUCCCUCGAGGGGUUAAUCAUGAGGUGCUCCGCUCAUCCACUUCCCCAGGGAGCUCAUCCUGGUGACCCCCCUCCCUCGAGGGGUUAAUGGCAAGGUGCUCCGCUCAUCCACUUCCCCAGGACAAGCAGCAAGAGCGCUUCAGUGGCUUGACAAGCAGUGGCAGAAUCGCAAUAACAAACAGUUUUAAACUUGGAGUAUUGUUUUUUAACAGAGCAGUUUGCUUCACAGCAUUUUUUGUAGCUUUGUGUAACCAGGAAAGAGAUUUGGUUGUCUCUUAUAUACAGUGGAUACUGUAGAAGAACAGUUAGUGGAGGCAAGUUUCCUUUAGUCCUUUCUGAAUGUAUGGGUGCGUCAUUGUGGUACUAAAAAUAUGCUUAAAGAGAAGUAGCUGCUUUUCGUCUUGCAUUGCUGAGAGUUCAUUUAUAUGGCCACACUUGGGGAAAGCAUUGUGGCAUAAAAUAGACCAGAGGUAAUCCUAGCGUCAAACUAGCAACUGAAUUGCUCUAGCCAUAUGACCACGUGCUGGCAUAGCAAGCUGAACUAACACUGUUAAAGUAUUUUAAAGGGUACAUAAGGACUUGUAUUUUAUUGUUACAUGUUCCCAUGUGUUGCUACAAAUGUUUACGUAAGGUGUGUGUAUUGUUUUAAUUUUUUUUCUUUAUAUUUUGACCACUUCUUUUUUUAAACUUUUAAAUUGCAUUCCCUGCCUCAAGAUGGCUUCCCAUGUAACCGCAUGGACCGCUCAGAACUACAUUUUCCCAUCCCAUCAUGUGCAGGAGGAUGAUGGGAAAUGUAGUUCUCAGAGGUCCAUGCAGGUACAUGAGAAGCCAUCUUGAGGCAGGGAAUGCAAUUUAAGUUUAAAAAAGUGGUCAAAAUGUAAAAAAAAAAAAAAAAUUAAUACACCCACCUUAAGUAAACAGUUGUAACAACACAUGGGAACAUGUAACACAAUAAAAUAAAAAGGUCCUUAUGUACCCUUUAAUAUCUUUGCCUUGGAUCUAUAUGAGCUGAUGUUACUGUACAGAAAGUUAAAGAAAGUUUGCAUCCCCUAGAAUUUUAGGAUUGAGACAUUUAAAAAAAAAAAAAGAAAAAAAGCAAACAAACAAAAAAAAACUUUAUGAACAUAAUUUUAGAUAUUUUAUUUAACAAAAUGAUAUCUCAGAAGUCUACAGGAAGCCAUAAUAGUAGUACAGUAUUUCAUGUUAGAUUUUGAAAGCGGUAUGUAAUUCAGUAUGUUAACAUAACAUUAUUCAGCAGGUUUCAUUCAACUUUAUGAAGCAAAACUAGUUAAUUCUAUAGGGUGAUACAGCUAUGGCUAAAGGUUUUGCAAGUCGCAAUCAUGUUCUCUUUUUUCUGAAGGGGAAAACAGUCUAGAUAAAUGAGAGCAACAAUAACACUGGCUAUGCCAGGCAAGGAAUCAGCAGACAAAACCCAUGACCACUUCCGCUCACAGCUCAGUGCUUUCUUUCUGGAGCUGGUUUUGAUACAUGUAGGUCUAUCCUAAUUACACAGAGGUUUUAUCAUCCAAAACAUCUUGUGCAAGCCAGUGGUCUGAUAUUGCUGACUUGAAUGGCCCUGAUAGCUUGUAAAUGUGUACCACUGAGUGUUUACAAUGAUGUGUUGCACACUGGUCUGGUUCAUGGGGACUGGCUCCUGCAAUUGGAGGCUGCGUGUGCAGAACUGCUCUGUUGUACCAGCUCACACUCCAGAAAUAAGAAAACGUAUUGGUCUGGCAGCACAUUGAAAUCUUUGAGAAAGUAAUUAUAAGUCAUGUCCCAGUUGGAACCUAUAAUAGAGUGUAGAUCUCACAGCUAAUUUCAGUGACUAAGCACUCUAAAUGUUUAAACCUCAGCAAGAUCUAUAUAUAUUUUUUUAAUUUAGAUUUAAUGACUUAUAAUAUGUUUAUUGGUGUUUGGUGGCUACGUCUAAUCAAGUUGAGAGACAGACCUGACAAAGCAAAUAAUGCAAGACAAUGAAAUACUCAACUUGAUUAGAGAUAGCCAUCGAAGUUUUAUAAAUGUACAUGUAAAGGCUCCCUCUGUCAAAAAACUAGAACUAUUACAAACUAAAUUCCUGAAGUUCUCAUAACGAAAAAUAUAGGAGUUUUACAAUUUACUGUCAACGUCUCCUAACGAAUGAAAUAUCAAGAGAGCACUGAACUGCAAAGAUUGUGUUUUGCAUUCAGAUUUGAGAUGUUGGCAACUUAGCAGUCCUUUUUUUAUUUUUUUUAUUUGUAAAUCCUUGCUCUCAUCCUUGCUUGAUUGCUAGCUUAGCUUUGGCAGAUUUUGCGAUUUGGAUUUACGCCAUGUUGCAUUUGAUUUGCUUCAAUAUUGCUGCUAAAGCAACUUACUGAUACCACAUACUGAGGUUUAUUGAGGAAUAUUGUUUUUUAAAUUAGUUAUGUACAGAAUAUUUAUGUUCCUAUGAGUUUGCUGAAUGUACAUAAUUAUCUGUGUUUUUAUUUAUGGUGGGAUGACAUAUAAUCCUAAUAUGUGGUAUUAGUACACAUUAAUAUGUUGUCUGCAAACUACAGCUUGUUGUAUAAUACAGUGAAAUCAAGGUAAUUAUGAAGGCAUACUUCACAGUCACUUCAUGUUUUUGUUGUCCAGUUCUAUCCACGAGGUAAGUGUUGCACUACAGACCAGUUCAAAGGUCAUUGAAUACAGUGUAGCAUCAACACAGAUAUAUUGUGUUGUUUCAUUGUAAUAAAGGCCUGAACAAGGUGCUCACUCUUCAUGGGUCAAGGUCAUUUCAACAAACCCAGCAUGUGGCAUUUUGUCAGGGUGCCCUGGUGGAGUUCUUGAGUCUUAGAAUGACAAAAACAAAAGAGAAAACUGCACUAAUUCUCGUGUUUUUUGAUGUUCAGCAAUGUGAAUGCAUAUGUUUUGUGGUAUCUCUUGGGAUUUGAGUGCAAGUGAUUUCUACAUCCAGGAAGGCAGUUGGGAGGCUGAAUAUUAAAAGCUAUGUUUUGGUUGUGUUUGGUUUGCCCACUCCCUCUUGACUUGGCAGUGUAUGAGAGGUGGUCAAGGAGACCCAGGUCAGCCAGUGUGUGCUCAAGGGGAGGUGCAUGUGCACUGAACAGGAAACAAGCAGUUUAUUAUACAGUAUAAUGAGGUGCCUUGUCUGUCCCGUUUACCACAUGCUCCUGUCCUGGUGGGGCUCCGCGGUGAAACUAUUCAGGAGUUAAUAACUUCUAAUGUCAUUUUAUUGUAGUUUCCUUCCUUUGCAUUUUUAUGAUGUCCACAUGUUGCUGCUCCCAAUAUUGAGUGCAGUGGUGUUCUCUAGAUUUAGUACAUUCUCUGCCCCAUCCCACCCUAUCUUAUUCCUGAUCAUUUUAUCUUACUGCACAUCAUACAAAGUAGCCAGUCUGGACCAUCACAUAUCGUAUCUUGGUUUGGUCUGCAUAUCCUGAUGGUAUUUAUCUUGACCUUGGCAUAUUGUUUUCAAUUUACAACCCCUGCUUCAUCCAUUACUAUACAUGGGAGCUUGACUUUUAAAUCCUAGGCUGGGCAGGCAGUCCGAUAGCUGCUCACAGCUUGUAGUGAAUCAAGUUUGAGAUGAUUGCAGAAUAUGGCAUUGGAUACUAUUGAUGCUAAGUGAAUAGUAUUGCAUUGCGAAUCUCAAAUGAUAAUUGAAUGCUUCCUGCAUCAGUUAUUUCUAAAUAUUUUAACAUUUAAAUUUGGGUUAUGUUUUUUUUGUUUGUUUGUUUUCUCAAUAAAUGGAGCAAACUUUGAACUAGAUCAAACGCUUAGUAAACCUGUCUCACUGUGUCUUAUCUGAUACUGCUAUCUGGUGAGCCACAAAACCCUUUUAAUGUGACCAAGUUACUUAAAGGACUGACAUGCAAGGCUUCACAUUGUAUUGUACCAUUAGCAGAGGUCCCCUAAUUGCUGUCCACAUUUUUCCCCUCUUAGAGAUAUGGAGAUUAUUUGAAUACAAAGCUGAAAAUGUAGACAAUGAACUGCUUCCUCUGGAUACCUUUCAUCACUUCCUGUCAGCAUGGUCUACCACAGUAACAUGCAGCACAGGAAGCCGGUAUUUAAAAUAUAUAAAUACAUUGUUGUACUUGAAUCUGCUGAAGCCUUACAUAAAUUAUAAAGAUAUAAAGAUUUUAAAGUCUUGGUAAUCUUUUUAAAAAUGGCAACAAAAAAAAAAUCAGUGGCCAUGGCAACA